CAAUAAAUCUCCUCCGUACUGAACUCCCAGAGGGAGUAUGUUGUGUUUCCUCCUGUUCUUUAUCAAAGUCCCCAAAAUAAGCAGGAAUGGGCAGUGACUAGGCACAGUCUCUACACACCUUUUUCCAUGGAGUAAUUAAGGCCUGCCUCAGAGUGAGAGAGCACUCCCUGCCCAGCUGUGCAGGGGAGAGCUGACACCACCACCACCACCACCACCACCAAGCAUGAAGCUCCUGGGGAUUGCUGCCUUUUUCCUAGCUGUACUCUGUGUUUGCACUGUAGGAGAAGAUGGUACUCCAGCCAGUCCCAUCAGUGCAACCACGUCUACACCAACAACGAAAGAUGUAAUGGAAGCUGUGAGCACAUCAACUUUACAAUCAACAUCAUUGCAAAUGUCAGUGCUGACAACAACUGAAAACAGAACUACAAAUGAAUCCAUCACAAGUGACUCCACAUCUUCUUCACCUAAUGCUACACAACAAAUAACACAAGAUACAACAACACAACUACCAGUAAAAGCGAUGACUACAACAGCAGAAAAAAGUGACAGCACAACAAACACUACACAAGCAAGUGUAACACAAUUGACACACAGUGAGAGUUUGGAUGCUUCAUCUACUAAGAGACAGUCUUUUUCAUCUACAAUCUCUCUACAAAAAACCACUUCUGCUCCUGGAACCUCAGGCCUUCACGUGAGGUCCCCCACAGAAUCGACAACUUUUGGCAGUACCGGAACCAGUUCUGGAAACAAGAAUGCGGCAGGGAGUGAUAUCCACUAUUCUAGUGUUAUCUUGCCAAUUGUCAUUACCUUGAUAGUCAUUACCCUCUCUGUCUUCUCGCUGGUGGCUUUGUACAGAAUGUGCCAGAAGAAAACUCCAGAGAGACAAGAGAACGGCACUGAACAGGCCCAGUCAGAUAAAGAAGGAGUCAAACUUCUUUCUGUGAAGACAACUUCUCCUGAGACUGUUUUUGUAGAAGUGCGUGAUAUAUAUGAGGUUGGCUUCUCACUGCCCUCUGCCAAUCUAUCUGAGCCCACAACUCCUCCUCCAUCAGGAGAGGUGUCACAAGGCAGGAUCACAGGUAAAGGGGGUCACGUUGCACUUGCAACUCUGCAGUUGACAGCGCUUUGUUAACUGCACCAAAUACUUUCUUCCAGUUCCCUUUGUCUCCCCCUUUCUGCAGUUCUCUUAUUUACUUAUCAAAGUAGACAAAUGUGCAUUGAAUUUUCAACCCGUUAUCAGAAGAUUAGUGCCAUAGUACCUAUCAAAUUGGAUUGACCAAUACCUUUAUGCAAGAUGCUGUAUAACUAUAUUGUGAGAAGCUGAUGGCUCAAGUCUCUCUUGAUACCUGCCAACUCCUAGUGUACAACACUAAAGUUUGUGUGUCAUCCUCCCCUAAAUGCAUUAUCCAGAAUCAACAAAAGCCCAUUUUUCACUGAUCAUGUUGUCCAGCAGUUUUGCUCUUGUUGGUAUAUUUUGCAUAACUAUACCCUUUCUCUCUUGAGGACAGCCUUCAAAGCAUGCAGGUAAUCUAUCUAGACAAGUUGAGCACCGCCACUGCUCUGCGUAUUUUUUCCAUCUGCAAACACAGUUCAGUGUGAAAUAAUUUCUUCAGUCGAUUAAAAUGUCAUCUAUUCUAAUGAAAUACUAAACACAAGUAUUUGUUUUUCAUUUCCCUUAUGGGAAGCAAGGUCUAAUCCAUUGUUUUUAGUGGGUGAUGGUUUGGGGGCAAGUUUGGUUUUUUGCAGUCUUGGAGUUUGUUUCUGUCAGUUAAGGCUAUUUUGAGAUCAAUAAAAAUGUCUUCCCACUUGCAACUAACCUGAAUGUUCUUCCUAAUUUGCUCUUUGUGUUGCAGCUGGAUAUUUAGCACAACAUCAAACUGCUAAGCCAUUACACUCCAAAAUUGUCCUAGACACCUCUCUGUGCAGUCUCAAGGCGCACUGUAGCCCUGUAUCUAAACCCAUGUGUUACCCUUAUUACUCGUGAACAGAGAGUAUCUGUGUGACCAUUUCUUCUCCAGUAUAUCAUCAUUCUCUCUUCAUCACUGAAUUGUUAGUUGCCACUAACGAUUGCAGACCCUAUAAUGCAAAUAUCUUCAGACACAUUUGCAACCAUGGAGUAGAGAUAACUUGGUUUUCUUUCAGAAUUCUUGCAGGCUCCUGCUUUCUUGGGAGUCCAGUGGCAAAGCAACGCAGAGCAUCCCUGCCUGUGUCGAACCCUCAUCGGGCAAUCACUGAUAUUAUAGCGGGAUGUUGACCCCAGCAAUAGUUUGUGGCAGUUCACUCUUUCAAGGGAUUAUGUGUAUAGCACCAGGAAAUCUAGAUAGGGCAUGUGAGUGUCUAUCAGUCAGUGGUGCAGUGUCAGGGUCUGCAGUAAGGCGAAUUCACCUCUCCUGUCCCGACCACUGCUGUGGACAGGUACCACUCAACCAGUCUGCCUCCUGCAGCCAGCACUGCCUCACCCAUUUCAUACUCUGAUCCAAAGCCUAUUGACAUCAAUGGGAAGUUAUCCAGGGAGCUAUGCUGGCUCUGGAGCCUCUCCUUAGACAUGUUAUUUUCCUGUGGUGCAAAGUAUCAGUCUUCCAUGUAAGUCUGCCUAAUUUCUAGCGUAGGCAGAGCAACUAGCUGAGAGUGGAACUGAUAACAAAGUAUUGAUAUUUAUUACAACUAUUGAAUAUUAUCUUCUCCAUGGUAAUAUAUUUCUCAAUGAAUUUCUCCUACGCCUUUUUUAAACAAUCAUGCCAAUUUCUCCCUUUCGUGCCUUAUUAAAUCUUGUAUUUCUGUAUAUUGAACAAGGAAGGUAAAGACAUGCAGAAAGAAGAAAUAAUAAAGGAAGAAAGAAAUAAAAAUAAAUUUAAAAAGAAAUGAGAGUUCUUGAAAAUCUCAUUCCUUUGUUAGUACAAAACUAUACAAUAUUUGCACUGGUUCACUUUAUUUUGGCUUUUCAAAACAAGAUUUUUAUCUCACAAAAACUUUUCACCUACCAAAAAUGUAUAAAUCUUGUUGAAAUGUUUCAUUUUUUUCUACCAGAAACUUGUGCUUGCCUUUUCUUUAAAAAAUUAUAUUAUGAAUUAUUGAAGAAGUUGCUGAAGGCCUUUUUAAAUGAAAUAUAACAUCAUCAGAAGUUCUGAAGUUCUCUAACUUAGCAACAACUUAUAAUGGUUUUGAAAUAAUUUUAUCCAAAAUUGAACACUUGGGAAGCGAACAGCAUUCCAGCACAUUAUUGUUGAACGAUUUCUCAUUGAACCCUAUUAGAUACCAAGCUUUCUACUCAUCUCCAAAAGGCUGCACUAAAUUAAAGAGCACUUUUUGCUGCCAAGAAAAGCUAUCUGAAAACCAUUGAUGAGUCUCUUCUAUUUUCUUCAGGAAUGCAACUAUUUAAUUUAACUUCUAGUUAUUUAAAUGCCUAAUCAGUUAAUUUGUUAUAAUCCUAAUUUGUAUUACAGUUUUCAACCCCAGGCUGUAGAUCAUAUGCAAGCUUUUUAAUACAUACUCACUUUUACUAGAAUGUAAUACAACUCUUCCCUUUUCUUGGCUUUUGUGUAUGGUUCAGACAUUAAAUUGUCUCCCACAGGUGAGCAGAGAGGCAGGAGGCAGUUUCCUGGAUGCAUUUGGGUUUCCCCACCUUCAUGCCUGUUUACAUGGGGCUCUGCCCAGUCUGGGGAUACCAUUCCCUUUUCACCUCUGUGUACGAAUCUCUGACACAAAGAAAUCCCACUGCCAUUCCUGGGACACGCAUUUGGAAAUAGGACAACUAUAAACAUGUCCUCAUCUGGAGGCUUAUUUGUCUGCCUAUACCUGCUGGCAGUGGCUCCGCUUCUCCAGGGAAGGAGGAGUGAGAACUGUCUGUAAUCCCUGACUGAAGUUAUUAUAUGCUCAUUUUCCUGCUUUGGAGGAACUGAGCUGCUGUGAUAUCGGCAAAAAUUAAUUUUAUAGUUGUAUCUUUUUCUUUUUAUAAUUUCAUGUUCUAAUCAUAGUUACAAAUUAAUUAAAGUCUUACGCCUUUUCUAACCCCUUGAGAAUUGCCUUGGAAAUACUUUGUGGUAGUAACCCACCAUUUGAGAGCAAAUCAUAGGGGAAAUAAUCUAUAAAAUGUGGAGAAAGUAGUAAAAAUCUGUUGUGUGGACAGUUUUUGCUGGUUAAGUAAAUCUGACAAGGAGACUGGCUAGUUUGUACAGUGGUCAGUGAUGUGUUCCUGCUAGACUCAUUUGUCCUUUUGUCUUUGCAUGUUUAACUGAUGCAAAUAUAUUUUCUGUU